GCGGGCGAUCCAGUAGCGUCCUGCCUCCGGUGAGCUGCACAUGGUCUUUCCUCGCUCGCUGUUUGUUGCGUAGUCGCUGCCUCUCACACGACGUCUUCCACGUCUCCAGACGGCACACCAAUCGAACGAUACUUCCAAGGAAGCACAGUGAAAUUGCAAACCAAAAAUAGUUGGAUUGACUGGAAGUUGAUACAUGCUGUAAAGUUUCCUUUCAAGUUGAAAACGCACAUGAGCGACGGAGCGAGUCACGAGCAGGUCUGGAUAACACAAAAGUUUCCACAGUGACAUGAACGCUUCUGUUUUAAUAAAAGGAAGCUUAGAGUGACACUAACGCCUGGAGAUUGACGUGAAGGACGCGCCAAUGACAUGGAAGCUUAUAAGAAAACAUUGCAAAAAGGCACAGUAAAGUUUAAGCUUAUUUAGUGAGACGUUUGGGUUUUUCAUUGGUAAAGAGAAGGCUAUUUUGCGACGACGGUCAGUGGCUUCUAGUAAGAGCAAGACUCCUAGAGCAGCAGGAGCCCCAGACUGCCAGCGUCAAAGAGAAAGUCGCUGAUCUUAGAGUGAGCCGUGUUCUCUGGAGUAAUGGCAGUGCCCAGGUUGCCAGCGCCCCUUAUACUCCUCCUGUGGGCUGUGCGGGCGUCAGACGGGCAGGCGGACAACAGAACAGAAGGCAUGGUGCUAGAGACAUCAGCCCUGACACCACAAGCCCAGCUCAUGCCUGACAUAUCCCACGCUCCGGAACCACUAGAAGCCCACGAGGAGUCUUAUCCAGGGCGUGUGUCAGCGACGGAUCCCUACAUCGACCCUGCCACGGCGACGAAGGUGCGGGCGUAUGCUGGGACCACAGCCUUCAUCCCUUGCAUUGUGAACAACCUCGGCCAGCGAUCGGUUUCAUGGGUGCGUCAUCACGACAUUCACGUGCUGACAGUGGGUCGCUUUACCUUCACCAACGACGACAGGUUUGAGGUGCACCACGACGACGGCAGCAACGAGUGGCUUCUGCGGCUCAGAUCCCCGACCACCAAUGAUUCUGGGACGUACGAGUGUCAGAUCAACACGAAGCCAACCAUUACGCAGCUCAUCAACUUGGUGGUGUUAGAGCCGCGGGCGGUCAUCACGGCAGGGCAGGAGCUGUAUCUGGACAGAGGAUCGACACUCAGGCUCACCUGCCAAGUGCUCGAUGCCCCAAACCCUUCAGAGUUUCUCCUGUGGUAUCAUGAACAAAAGCAGGUAGCCAACUACGAGGUGGAAAAGGUGGAGGUCAGUGUUGGGGCGGACGACAACGGCACGACCACCAGCACUCUCACGCUAGAAGACGCGCAGGUGCACAACUCUGGCCUGUACACGUGCAGCCCCUCGAACGCCAAGCCAGCCUCCAUCAGGGUGCACGUGCUGAGCGGCGAGCAUCCCGCAGCCAUGCAGACCAACUCCUCCCCGUGCCUGCUGUGUCCGAGGACCUCUUCCUCUUCCUUCUCCUAUGUUUACUGGCGGGGUAACUUAUCUUCAAUCCUCCCUUUCUUUACACUGCUCCUGGCACUCCUGACUCCUCCCUUCAGACCCCCUCAGCAGGCUCUUCUCUUGGCACUGCUCAUCUCAAGUGCCGCGUUGCAACGGGCGUCCUGAUGAGGUGGUCGAAAAGAGGGAGGUGAGGAGAGAGCGCCACAUGUAGCUCUCACACCCCUGUGCAUCGCGGCCCGUUUUGCAGGAACCCUCCCAGCGAAAGCACCAAUUAAUGCCCUCAGUACGUCUCAGUACACUUAUAAGUACACUUAUAAGUACACACCACCUUGUUCCUCACCACGGCACACCCAGUCCACGGGCACCUGCUGCGUGGCCUCGUUACACUGGCCUGAUGUCCUGAUGAUGUUGGUGCACUACUCCCGCGCUCGCGUGUUGGCUUAGGUCACCUCACGUCUCCAAGGUUCGUCUCUAGUUAUGUUUUGUUUCAGUCACUGCUCUUCAACUCAAUUGCCUUCACUUUGUCCUCGGCUUCCGAUACCCAGAAGUUUGCGUAAAGCCUCGUAAAGAAAGGAAGUGUUGAACGAAGUGCACAAAACGACACGAGGCCACACGACGAGCGAGGCGGAAAACACGACAAAACUACCACUUUUAUGAAAGGGCUUGGAAAUUGUUCCCAACCAUCAAAGCAGUGGCGGCUAAAAGUGUCCCAAGAAUGUUUUUCACUACUUUAUUUUAUUUCUUUACAUUAUGAAUUUCCUUACAUGUCGAAAGAAAAAAAAAAAAAAUUCACCAUGGCCACAAACAAAAUAACCCUAAAAUAUUUGAAAAUGUGAAAGGAUAUUGCAAAAACCACUCAGGCUUUCCACAAGACAGGAACCACUUACUCGCUCCCCUGUUUGGUGAGUAGCGUCUCUCGUGAGUCGUCCCAGGAGGGCCUCAUCCGACUGCCGCGGUCAAGUAUCCUGUAUCGAAUUGACACACGAAUUCCUCGCCAGUUGCUUUGACUCGGCCUAACACUCGCCACCGCUGUGUAUAAGUUAGGAGGUGUGAGUGUAUGAGGAGGCAGCAGGUUGGAGGCAAUGAGGUGUGAAUACUGAGGCUAAGUGCUGCGUCUGCGGCUCUCCAGGUCAAGGACUCGACCAGGGCAUCACUGCUCCCUUAAUGACCCAACGCGACGCAGAGGGAACGUAAAUUUUUGUCCACAUCCCGUCUUUCUUUUUCUGUUUCUCUUCCGCUGGGAGAUCAGAGAUACACAUGAAGAACCAGUCAGGCUGAGGGAAGAAGGGUGACAGUCUGUCAUAGUCACUGCGGGUAGAGGGAAGAAGGGUGACAGUCUGUCAGAGUCACUGUGGGUAUUGCUAACACAGUACGAAAAUUGACUGAAUUACUUCUGGAUCGUAAAAGUACUGUAAAAAACAAUAACAUCCAUAGAUUAUUCGGAAAUGCACCUUCAAAAUUCAAAUGCAUGGAAAAUAAAAAAUAAAAGAUUUUCCCAGUAAAGUUACUAAAUUAAAGGGAACUGACCUGACAGCGCUUAUUUCACACACUAAGGAAGGAAAAGGAGAAAAAAAUAAUUGCAACAUUACUUCGCUGAGGAUGAAAAAAAAAUAUUCUCCUUAUAAAUUUUUCUUUGACCAUCUGCACCGUGUCUCCCUUCCCCGCCUUUCCUUACUGCUGGACAGGGAUACCGGUACGAGGCGAUGACACGCCAUGUCUUUAUUCUCCUUUCUCUCCAAAUGUUUGGUUCACAUGUUCCUGUCACUACAAUCAACACAAUCUAAACUCACAGGACACCUAAGAACUCUGGUCACGGCCUAAGCCACCUUACCCUCCCCCUUCCACUGGCGCCACUGUACAUAUCUGCGUCACGCUGUACACAACGCAGUCAUUGAGUGUCUAUAUUAAUAUCGCUUCAAGCCUGAAUUAUACUUUAAAUGUUUCACUAAUAAAAAUAUCAUAACCCAA